CGUGUUUCAUUGGGUCGGCUAAUCUCCGUCCCUCAGGUGCGCCCUCAGGCUGAAAGUGACGGGGGCUUAGACGUGAGAAAGUCUGGACGGUGGCCAUCUCAGGGACCCAGGGUAGCAUUGGUGAAAGAGAGAGGGCAGACCGAGGGCCUCCGGAUAGGGCUGCAACGGCGGUGAGUCCCACAGGGCCGCCCCAGCCCGCAGUUCGCUAAAGAUAGCCCUUCACUUCCUGGGGAAAAACCACCCCAACUCUUUUCUAGUACCGAGAGUAGCUGAAAUCCCCAGCUAGGUCUCCAGCCAGCCCAGAUAACGGCUGUCCUGGAGGCCCACGGCUGCCAGGACGUGGAAAGCUCCCUGGGAUGAUAGGAUCAUUCCGGUUGAGUAGCCCCCCAAGGAGCUACCCGGAAUGUCGUAUCCGCCCAGUGCUCUUUAGGCGCCUCGCAGGAGGUCCUUGAAGCCCUGGCCUAGAGAGGGGCCUUGCCAAACUUUUUCUGCCCCCUAGGGUUCCCUCUUGAGUUCUGGGCACUGGCCCUGCUUCAGAGCAGAGAUCACGCUUUUCCCAGCACUCUGUGCUGUGUAAGUUUCAAUUUCAUCAGAGGAUUUAAGUAAGUUAUACUGAAGCGAAAACGUUUGGGUGUCAGCCUAGGGUAAGAAAGAGCUUUCUGUCUGGCAGAGGAGCGGCGUGCUCCAUCGGAGCCUAAGCCGGGGAGGGAGGAGGGAGCCCCGUUAAAGUGCAGCAGGUUAAAGGAGGACGCUUUCAAACCUGGCAAUCCUGAGAGCCAUCACGACGGCUCUGAUUCCUCAAGAAUCAAGAGGAGAAAACCGGUGAUUCUAUCAGUGGGAGUUUAUCGGGACUAAAAGACCCUUGUCUCAAAGGAGAAAAUGCUUGCAAAUAACCUGAAACCGCAAAACAAAUUCCUUUUUAGUGAGUUAAAAAAAAUAGGUCGUGAAGGUGGCAUUAAUGUAAGCUGCCCUAUUCCAGUGACAAUUCAUUUGCAACUUUUAACAUUUUGUUCAUGCGUAAAAUGAUGGAAAAGAAACGUUAUCACAAAUACAGAGAUGUAAGCCUUUGAUGAGUAAAGAGGCCCCACCAGGUUUCCUGGUUGCUAAUGCGGGUGACAGCGAAACAACCCUAAGCCCACGAGAACCCCGAGGUUUCGGACCCGGCCCAGACAGGGCAGGUGGGCUAUGGUGGGGCCGUCUGCCGAAAGCGGUCGCCACUGUUCCCCUCUGGUGCACCUGCCUACUCGGGACCGGAUCCCCCGCCCGGUCAAUUGCUCUUCCGGAAGUUCGACCUCCCAAAAAUUUGCUUCCGGUUCCGGUCGCUAUGGCGACUGGGCGCCUUGGAGUGGAGGAGACCCUGGGGGCCCUCAACGCGGCCCUGGGAGCUGGCUGCCCCGUGUGGUUCAAGGAGACGCGCGCCCGCCACCUGCGUGCCCGAGACUUCCUGGCGCCAAGGCGCGCGCUACAGGCGCGCUUCGAGGACGGUCAGGUGCCGGAAGCUGUGGUCCAUGCCGUGGUCGGCCUGCAGGGCCCCGGUGUGGCCCCGGUGUUGCGAUGCGAGGCGACACCCUCGGGCCUGGCGCUCCAGCUGCAGCGGUCUGCAGUCUUCGAGCGCGUGCUCGGCUCCGUGGCUGCCUAUGCCACGCCCGCCGCGCCCGCCGCUCGUGGUCCGCGCGUCAUCCUGCACUGCCCAUCGCUUCGUGCCGCCCCCUGCACGCUCCGCCUGUGCCAGCUGCGGGCUGUGCUCGUGGCCGAUCACCUUGCUCAAGCUUUGCGCGUUCAUGGGGUUCGUGUGAGCCUAGUGCCUGCCGUGCGGGACCCGCACAUGUCGACAUUACUGCAGCAACUGCGGGUGGACUGGCCCUCUGCCUCGGAGCCGGCCCCAACCGAAGCCCUGUGGAGCCGCGCACUGGCAGAGUUUACCUCUGCUGGUGACAGAGGAGCCCUGCCCCCCGGCGUCCUGGGCAGCGUGUGCCUGAAGGAGCUGGUGGAAGGACGGGGACGCUCAGCUGGUUACGACCCCAACCUGGACAGCUGUCUGGUGACUGAGGAUCUGCUCUCCGCGCUGGCUGAGCUGCAGGCAGCUGUGCAGCGUUGGCCUGAGGACAGCUCCCCAGGCCUGGCUGCAGCCCUAGAUGCUGGUGUAGACAGCUGCACGGUGGUGCACGUGGUGAGUUACGAAGAGGAGUUCCAGCAACAGAAGUUGGACCUUCUUUGGUGGAAGCUGGAUGAUGGCGCUCCUCUCAGACAGAAGCACGUGGUGUGUGGCCCCGUGAAAGUAGCUGGUGUACCCGGCACUCUGACCGCCCCCGAGUACUACGAGCUCCGGCACGCACAGGUGUGCAAGGCUUCAGCUCUGAAGCACAGCAGGGACCUGGCACAAGACCCAGCCUGGGCAGAAACCUUCAGGGUCCUCUCCGUGGCGACCAUCAAGUUCGAGAUGCUCAGCAAGGCCCCGCAGAGCCAGCUCUGCGUGGCCCUGGCCGACGGCAUUUCCACCAAGGGGACCAAGAGUGGCACCUUUGUCAUGUACAAUUGUGCCCGUCUUGCCACACUCUUUGAGGGUUACAAGCGCAGCGUGGAACAAGGUCUGUACCCUGCUUCCCCACCUGUGAGCAGCCUGGAUUUCUCCCUGCUCCGCGAGGAGGGUGAGUGGCUGCUGCUCUUCAACGGCGUGCUCCCCUUCCCAGACCUGCUGCACCAGACAGCAGCCCUGGACCUCACGGCCCCGGGGCUCCGCAUGGCCGCGCACACGGAGAUGGUGUGCAAGUUUCUGGUGCAGCUGAGCAUGGAUUUCAGCUCCUACUACAAUCGGGUGCACGUCCUAACGGAGCCACGGCCACACCUGUUCGGCCAGAUGUUGGCCCGUCUGCAGCUUCUACGCGCUGUGCGCGAAGUGCUCCACGCCGGCCUGGCCCUGCUGGGCCUCCCUCCACUGAGCCACAUCUAAGGCCACAGAGGUUCCAGUGCCU